GUCGCUGCCGUCGAGACGCUCUUCAACAGGUGCUGCUGCUGUCUACAUAGUGCAUGUGCGCCGCGCCGACACACAUCGCAUAAUUUGCUGGCACGUUCUCGGGAACGGCUCGCUACGUAAAGGUACGCAUUUGCACUUAGUAUUCGGGAGUUGUUCAACUUUCGGUGAAGAAGUCGAGGAAAGGCCGCUGGAGCGAAGUUUUUAUGGGAGUUUGGCGCUCGGAAACGGCCGAACAUGGGGAACUUAUUCGUUCGGAGCGCGCUUUCGUAAAACGGGAAUUUAUCGCGGGUUUUUAUUUUGAAAUGGUGCUUCUUGGUGGUCGAGCGUAAAGUCGUACCUAUGAAGCUGUCAAUGCCUACCACUACGAUGUUCUCCAAGUUCAAGAGCGGCGGAGGCGCCCAGAGCCCGCUCGAGACCAACCCUAUUGGGCAGUUCUUCGAAAUUGGGAAGCAGACGGCGAGCGCAGGGCCGGAAUUAGUGUGGAGGAUCCACGAUGCCUACAGGAAGAGCGACGGAAAGGAGUGCUCGGUCUUCCUCUUCGAGAAGCGCUGCGCCGAGAAGCUGCACAAGCCCAAGCGCAAGGAGACCGUCACCGAGAUCCUGCGGAGCUCCGUGAGGCAGCUGGAGCGCUUUCGGCACCCGAAAAUCCUGCACGUGCUCCAUCCGAUUGAAGAGUGUGCCGAAACGCUGGCUUUCGCAUCGGAGCCGGUUUUCGCAAGUUUGGCUAAUAUUCUGGCGCAUCAGGAAGGAAGCGGCAACCAUGGGGGAAUUACGGCCACGGGGGCCUCCCAGCAGCCAGCCGUGAGGUCGGCGUAUGCUAGGGAAUACAACUUUUUGGAUAUAGAGUAUAAAUACGGGAUAUUGCAGAUAACAGAAGCUUUAUCAUUCCUACAUUACUCCGGACACGUGUUGCACCGUAACGUCUGUCCGGCGAGCAUUCUAGUCACAAAGAAAGGCACGUGGAAGUUGGCAGGGUUGGAAUUCACAGAGAGGGUGAACGACGUCGAUGGGGUCGAACCGGUGCCGUGCCAGCCGUGGACGUCGAGGCUUUCCAAAAUGGCACAACCUAAUUUGGACUAUACUGCUCCAGAAACCCAAACUCAGUCAAUUUGCAGCAUACUCAGCGACAUGUUCUCCUUAGGAAUGGUAAUAUGUGCAAUAUUUAAUCAAGGCAGACCACUUAUCCAAGCGGGAAAUUCUAGUUCGGCGUACCUCAAGCAGUUAGAACUUUUGGAAGAUCAAGUGCACAAUAUUAUGCCUAGAGUCCCAUUGCCGCUCCAGGAGGCAACGGUCAGGUUGUUGAGUAAGGAUACUAGACAACGACCUACGGCGCAACUUCUCACCUUAAUUAAAUAUUUCAGCGAUCCUGCAGUCCACGCGCUGCAGUUUCUCGACGUUAUUAACAUGAAGGACCCCACGCAGAAGGCGCAUUUUUACAGGAAUACGCUGAAGGAAGCUUUGCCUUUCAUACCCAAGAAACUUUGGUACCAACACGUGUGGCCUUCGCUCCAGCAGGAAAUGAGGUCGCAGGAGGUCCUGGCGGCGGUCCUGCAGCCGGUGCUGUACUUGAUUCAGGAGUCGACCAUUGAAGAAUACGAGUCCAUUAUUCUUCCGUCCUUCAGGAGCGUGUUCUCGGCUCCUAAAACAGUUCAAGCCACCGUCACGCUUCUCGAAAAUUUGCACAUAAUAUUAGAGAAAACCCCGCGAGACGAUAUUCGCACUGAAGUGCUGCCAAUGCUGUACAAUGCCUUCGAAAGCACCACGAUACAGGUUCAGAGUGCCGCCCUCGUGGCAGUGACAAACGUAUCCGAAUACUUAGACGAAACCGCAAUCAGACGAAUGAUUCUGCCGAAAACCAAGAUCAUCUACGAGAAGAACCAGUCGGACCUGAAGAUCGUCUCCAACGUGCUGUCGUGCGUGGAGCGCACCCUGGAUCGGCUCGACAAAAGCCAAAUCAUCGACGAAGUGUUGCCUCUUUUGUACGACAUACGAUUAUCGGAUCCGCAAAUAACGUUAAGGGUCGUAAAUAUUUACCGGUUAAUGCUCAGCGACAAGAAAUACGGCUUAUCCGUAAAUUUAAUGGCAACCAAAGUGAUGCCUUCGUUGUUACCGCAAACGGUAAAUCCCUCCUUAAACUUAGAACAAUUUACGAUCCUCCUCGAAGUUUUACAAGAAAUGUUGGACCAGAUUGACCGAAACCAGCGUAAUAAACUCAAACUGGAUAACCUAUCUCUGCCGAGUCCGGAGCGACACAGGCCAUUAAGACACCAAUACAGUUCCGACAACAUGCACGUGCCGCCGUUCAACAUCCCCAACCUGAGGAUAGAGCAAAGGAAGACUUCGAGCGCGGAGGACAUGGCGAGGAAGAAUUCCACAGGUGGUAUGUUGGGCGGAUGGUGGUUCGGAGGGUCGCCGUCGUCCCCUGACAGCAACUUCCUGAGGGUCGUCAACGCCUUCCCGAACAGAAGACUGUCGGACAACACCCUCAUGACACCGAAGAUACGCAUUGCGCCCUCUUGUGCGUCGUCACCGGGAGGAACGCCGGGAGGUGGUUUGCCCAUCAGGAGACACUCGAGCAUCGGACCGCAGGAAAGGAGAGGAUCAACGGUUAAUCUCUCGCCACCGACGGGCGCUAUAGGGUACAGCUCUGUGUCCCGUGAGGGCUCGAGCCUUUCGGUGCCAUCCACCUAUCUUGCACGGAGCAUGAUAGGCGGCUCGAUGCCCAACACUAGCAGCAGCGUCCCGUUCCUGCUCAGCAGUAGCAUGCAGAGCAUCCGUUCCCGUCGACCGUCGGCGGUGUUGGGCGGCUCUCAGGGCUCAGGGCUGCUGCAGCAGCUCGGCUCCGGCAUGGUGCAAUAUUCGACUGGUAAAUUGCCCAUUGAUCCAGUUGCAAAUAUUUACAGAAUACAGAGCAACAGAACCAUCAAUCUCUUGCCGUAUGCAUCAAACAGCAUGAAAAAAGACCCAAGAGCGGUGCACCAAUUUUUUUAUGCUCGCUGAUAGAUGUUGAUAUGAGUUUUGUUUCUUCACUGUUGCAAAAACGUCCCUUUGUCAGCAAGGUGCAAGGUAAAGUUGCCACCAAGUGUAAGUGCCCAGGAAUCUAGGUGAUAAGUAUCGAUGUUUUCCACACAUAUAUUAAGCAGUUCAUCAUCAUCACAGAGUUAAUUGUACAUAAAUGACCGCAUCACUUCCAGUUUUGUUAUGGAGUCAAAUGAUUUAUUUUUUUACAAUGAUUGAGAACACCUCUAGAUAAUAAAUAUCGUGAAAAAUAUUUCUCCAUCUAAGAAAACGAUAGUAGUUUGGUUGACAGCGGGUGCAUGGUCUCUCCGUUCUACCGGUUGAUGGUGUGAGGAGGACCAUCAAGACUCCUUGUCACAUCCUUGAUUUUUCUUUAUAUCGUGUCAUUGUCAUUGUCUACAUCCUGCUGUGAUUCCCUGUCGGAUUAGCUUGUUGUAUCCCUCCGAUGGUUGUGCCAUUUGCUCAAUGUUGUCACUCGGAGAAGGCGGCCUUUUCGUCCUAGGCCCGAAAAGGCCGACUUCCUCCGCGAUCAUCUAAGAUUUGUUUAUUCAUGUAAAUAGACAAGUGUAUAGCGUUUUCGAAUUUACCAAGUAUUCCAUGUUUGCCAUUCGACAAUCUGUAUAUGCACAAUUAUAAAUCAUUCUUUAAGCUAUGAAAUGUCAAUACACUAAAUGUAUAAGAAAUGCCAAUUCUCGACUGUUCAUAUCAACUUAAUAAUUACAUAUUUGUAUAUUGAACAUUUUCUUAUUACUUUCGGUGUAAAUAGUUCGGAUAUAGUUCUAAUGUGUGUUGACUUUGUAGGUCAGAAAUACAAUCAAAAAGAAAGUACAAAAAUACUGAUGGUUUGUGAAGGCAAAGAAUGAUUCGCGGAGAGGAAAAGACGACGUUAUUCUAACUUUCGUAUUCUUUGCGAAACAUUAUUUGCCGUGUCAUAUCAAAUAUUUCAAUAAUGUGACGUUUCAGAAAUGUUAAAAGGGAAUGAGAGAUUAUUAAAAUGUGAUAUGUUUCAGUGUCGGUGUUUUAUUUCACGUCCUAUAACAAUGCAUGCACUCGCUUUCACAGAAGUCCCUUGUUUUCGACCUUACUAAUUUAAAAUAUUGUAACAGGAAAUCACUCUCAAAACUUCAGCUUUGUAGGAUCUGCAAGCAACUGUUAGCCAACCGUACCGACUACUUGUUGCAGGAAUCGAUAUUUAAUCCCUGGAUUGUGCAGGGCUGAAACAGAGGGAUACAAGACGGAUAAUCGUUUUUUGAACUUUGAACCCGAGACAGAC